AUGUCCCAGCACGUCCAGAGAAGAUCUCUGCGGCUGCACAGUCCAGACACCGAAAGCAAAUCAGAGGAAAUUCCUCCAGCAGUGCAAGCCAUCUCAAACUUACGUUGCCCUCUGCCACCACCCAUUCUUACCAAUUCGAGCCGAAACACCCCUCUUCAGGGCUCUAGCGCCAGUGGCCAGGACAAGUCUAGCGGCUCUGCUGAUGCGUCCGGAGUGAGCUCAUCUCACGCUGCCAAAGCUGCUUCAGCUGAAAAGCUCCCUCUUCCCAGUGUAACCGUGGAUGUGAGAGAAAUCCGUGGACGGCCUGACGAGAGCUUGAAAAGAGCUAGCUUGGAGUCGCCUCGUGUCAGGUCUAAGGAUAGCGAACGCACGGGAGGUGAUUCAAUCUGGUGUCCUGCUCCUCGUGGUACUUCCAAUUUGAAGCAGACAUCUGAUGUUCACGGGGUUGCUGUAGGCGAUCAGAAGGGCAACUCAGUUCAUGCUCAUUUCUCGGUGGAAGAGCCAACGCGAUCAAAAACCAGGCUGCGUCUGGGCCUGAACCCUGGUGCCUCAGGACUGACUGCCGGUGGCGCUGGCGCCAUCGUUGGAAACGGUUCUGCUCUGCACUCGGCCACUGCUCGUGCUGGUGCCACCAGUCCAGCAUCUGGCGCAGAAUUCAAGGAUCCUGCUGCAAGUGUCCGGGGUCAGUUGCCCUCAGAAGAGCAGUCUGCAAACAUUGAUCCUCGUUUGCCUCAGGAUGAUGGUAAGCUCCACGUUUUGUUCGGUGUUUGCGGUGCCAUUUCAACAGGCAAAAUCAAACUAAUUAUCAACAAGCUUUUUGAGAUCUACACCCCUCAAAAGAUUGCUAUACAACUCAUUCUUACUUCAUCUUCUGAGAAUUUCAUCUCUCAUGAAACCUUGCAGCAUUUAGAGACGACAAAGAAAGUCCGUAUUUGGCGAGAUCUGGAUGAAUGGGCUACAUGGAGCUCUCGUGCUGAUCCGGUUCUCCACAUUGAAUUGCGUCGUUGGGCAGAUAUUUUAAUCGUUUGUCCGCUAACCGCAAAUACGUUGGCCAAGAUCUCUCUUGGUCUUUGUGAUAAUUUGCUAACGUCAGUCAUCCGAGCGUGGAAUACCGCUUAUCCCAUACUUCUUGCUCCUGCUAUGGUAAGUAAUGCUUACAAUGCAAUAACUACAAAGCGUCAAUUGAGACUCAUAUCUGAAGAGAUGCCUUGGAUAGAGGUUCUCAAGCCUGUGGAAAAAGUCAUGGGCUCAUACGGUGAUAUAGGAAUGGGUGGUAUGAUGGAUUGGAAUGAAAUUGUCAACAAAGUCGUUUUGAAAUUGGGCGGUUAUCCUGACGUUGAAGAUGAGGAUGAUGAUUCGAGGAGUAACAACGACACAGGAAACGCCGACAAUAACGACAAUGAUGAUGAUGACGACGAUGAUGACGAUGACGACGACGAUGACGAUGACGAUGAUGACGACGACGAUGACGAUGAUGACGACGAUGACGACGAGAAUAAUGAAGUUGCCGACGAGGUCAUCAGGGCGAAGAGGGUCGUAGAUGCAGAGAAAGGAAAGGCCGCCAAAGAGAACUAG